AUGUCCUUUGCCAGCCUUCCCUUUGAGCUGCGCUCCCUCAUCUGGAGCCUCGCCGUGGCGCCUCGCCGCAUCACCAUCACCAAAAAGAAGAGCAAUCGUAGCUUCAGCAAGGAACAGUACCAGCAGGGCAAAAACAUCCUCUACCAGACCUCGUCAACGCCGCCCCCGGCACUGAUGCAUGUGUGCCGCGAGUCUCGUCAGCAAGCGCCUUACACGCGCGCAUUCACUGCAGGCUCUGAGCCGCGCUGGACGUGGAUUAACUUUGAAGUCGACAUUUUGUGCGUCACGAGCCUCUAUGCCAUUCCAGACUUGCUCUCCCAUCGAUCUGAGAUCCAGCGGCUCCAGAUCCGGACUGACGAUGACCUUGACUGGUACGAAUCAGCGACCAAUUAUAACGGGCUGUCCAUUCUCUCUGAAUUGGAACGCCUCAGGGAAAUUCGGGUUGUGCUGGAGCCUGGCGAUUUGAUGUGGGGAGACGUGUUUACGGACUGGGGCUUUGGACACUGUCCUGAAGACAACAUCACGUUCCUCGACAAGGGAUCCGGGCUCGUGCUCACCGGCCCUCAGCUAAAGAUGGUGCUUGACUGGCGGAUGGUGUUUGCGUUUGGCAGCGAGGGAAACCCGCCCGACCCUGACAGCCUCUCGGAUGAGAUUGCUUUUGCCCUCGACGAUUCUUGGCAUAUGACUUUGACACAAAUGCAAGAGCUAGAUUGA